GUUGUGCCCCUGGUUGCCCAGGCAACCGGGGCAAGCUGCACUGGUUUCUGGGAGUCCCCGCAAGCUGCACGCUGCUGCCGUCCCCCCUGCGACUCCUCGCACCCCCAGGGGGAGCCGAGCCCCUCCAGAUCCCCCCAAGCCACCGCGAGGCGGGCAGGGCCGGGACGAUGGUCCUGUCCCGGAACUCCCCUAUGGCCUUGCAAGAAGGUCCUGGGUCGCCACCAGAGCAAACCGUGACCCGCUUCCCGCGGUGGCAGAGCCCCCUGGAGAAGAGGCAGGAGCUGGCGGAGGCCGACCAGAGUCUGAGGGCCCAGAAGGAGGAGCUCCGCGCGGCCACGGCGGCCCUGACGCAGCGCUGGGAGCAGCUGGGGCAGAAGGAGCAGGCCCUGAAGGGCUCCUUCGUGCGCUUCGACAAGUUCUUGCAGGACUCAGAGGCCCGGCGCGGCCGCGCGCGAAUCCGGACCGGCCGCCUGGAGGCGGAGGCACUGCGCCUGCGCGCCCAGCUGGAGGCGCUGCGGCGGGAGCGCGCGCGGCUGCAGAGGCGGCUGCGGCGCCUGGAGCCCUGCGCGCGCCUGCUGGAGCGAGCGCUGGAGCAGCUGCCCGAGUUCCAGGACGUGCCCGCGCUGGUGGCGCGCGUCGAGGGGCUGGCGGACGCGCGGGCGGCGCUGCUGCUCGCGGAGGCGGAGCGGCGCGCGGAGCUGGAGGCGGCGCGGGCGGCGCUGCGGCGGCUGCGGGAGGAGGCGCCCGAGCUGCGGCUGCGGCAGAGCCAGCGGCGGGCGCAGCUGGAGGAGCAGCUGGAGGCGGCACGGGGGCGCCGGCGGCAGUGGGAAGCCGAGUGGGCGCAGAUCCAGAGCAAGGCGGCCGAGAAGACGCUGCUGCUGGGGCGCCUGCGCAUGUCGGCACUCAGCCUGUACCAGGCGGUGUGCCUGCACCGGGGGCAGCGGCCCGCGCUGGACCUCGAGGACACGGAGGGGCAGCUGGAGCAGGUGAAGCUGUUCAUCCUGGAUCUCUCCGCCAUGCUGGCCAGCCUCCCUGAGGCCCAGCCCCCAGCCCCAGGAAAGGGGGUGGCCGCGACCACACGUGCUGUAGGAUUCAUGGAAGCCACACAGCGAACACUCAAUAAACGCAGGCCUUGGUGAUGGGGGACAAGGCUGUGUCUGCACCCCACCCGCCCUGUGGCCUGAGCAGAAGCACCGGCAAGGGGCCACCCUGGGCCCGUGGCUGGGGAGGGACCUCACAGCCCCAAACAAGUACCAGGGAGCCUGGAGCAGUGCGGAGGCUGGAGAGCUCUAGG